GUAAAUCGACGGGAAAUAAUCAAUGCAAUGAAUCGUAACACUGAAUUAAACGCUCGUUUGAAAGAUAGUGUCGUGCGAAAUCCACUGUAUUUUUCACGCAGUUAUGGCCUUUUCCUUGUUUGUUUCUCGGAUGCCGUGCCUUCAGAUAUUGGAAGUUUUUCAAAAUUUGGUUCGCCGUGCAUCUGGAAUGACGAUUAUCAUCCAUCCGAUGUAGCAUACGAAAAAUAUGACAGCUUACAAACGUAUCGUUAUUAUGCCAUGUGGGGUGCGGCAGUCUUAUAUCUCCUCGGACUUGUAGUAUUUGUUAUCUGUUCCAUAUUUGGCAUGGUUGGAUGCUGGCGGAGAAGCACCAAAAUUGUCCUCACCACUGCACUGCUAAUGCUUUUCUCAGGUUAUUUUUCACUUUUUUUUAAUGCGUAA